AGCUCGGUCUUCCUCGUACACCCCUUUUGUCUUCUUUUCCUGAUAUCUCUCCUCCCCGUUCCCUCGCAAACACCCCCUUCUGUCUUUCUAUCCUUUCCGCUGCCUCUCUUCUCUCCAUAACUCGAGCAUCCCCUCCCUGUCUCCGUCCUCUCCUCCUCUCUCACUGCCUUCUAUACACACUCAGACCUGGUAUGAGUGCAGGGUGACUGGGGGUAUCUAUGCGUGUGGGGGGUGACACCAAUGGUUCAGCAGAACAGGAUGGCCAGGACACCGUCCAGCUCCACACAGGAGAUCCAGAUGGAUGUUUUAGAAGGACACAGUCUGCAGGCCAAAUAUGCAAAGAGAAAAAGUCGGUUCAAGCGUUCGGAUGGCAGCACGAGCUCGGACACCACCUCAAACAGCUUUGUGCGACAGGGGUCGGCAGAGUCCUAUACUAGUCGUCCGUCGGAUUCAGAUGUAUCCUUGGAGGAGGACCGGGAGGCUCUGAGGAAAGAAGCAGAACGUCAUGCUCUUGCACAGCUUGAAAAGGCCAAGACAAAGCCUGUGGCCUUUGCCGUUCGGACAAAUGUGGGAUACAACCCAUCCCAAGCCGAUGAUGCUCCAGUGCAGGGGAUGUCUAUCAACUUCGACCCCAAAGACUUUCUGCACAUCAAGGAGAAAUAUAACAACGACUGGUGGAUUGGACGGGCUGUACGGGAGGGCUGCGAGGUUGGAUUUAUCCCGAGUCCUGUGAAGUUAGAGCACAUGAGAAUGCUUCAAGAGCAGAAGAUGAGACAGAGCCGACUCACCUCCAGUAAAUCCAUUGGGAACUCAAACAGUUUAGGUGAUGUGGUCAGUGGAACGCGCAGACCUACUCCACCGGCUACAGGUCCCUUGGAGUCCCCAUUAGUUUAUGAUAUAGAUCACGUUGAUUUAGAGUAUGAGGAGACAGAACCUCAGGUUGCUCAGAGAACACCCCUGAGCAGUACGGGGAGUGUGACCACCCCACCAUCUACCACCAAACGUGUCCCUUUCUUUAAGAAGACAGAGCACAUCCCACCCUACGAUGUGGUUCCCUCCAUGAGGCCAAUCAUUUUAGUGGGGCCCUCCCUGAAGGGAUAUGAGGUCACAGAUAUGAUGCAAAAAGCUUUGUUUGAUUUCCUAAAACAUCGCUUUGAUGGAAGAAUUUCCAUUACCCGGGUUACCGCGGACAUCUCUCUUGCCAAACGCUCAGUGCUGAACAAUCCAAGCAAACACAACAUUAUGGAACGAUCCAACACACGUUCUAGUCUCGCGGAGGUGCAGAGUGAGAUUGAGCGCAUAUUUGAGCUGGCCCGGACUCUCCAGCUGGUAGCCCUGGAUGCUGAUACCAUCAACCAUCCAGCUCAGCUGUCCAAAACCUCGCUGGCACCAAUUAUUGUCUAUAUUAAAAUUACCUCUCCAAAGGUAUUACAUAGACUUAUAAAAUCCAGAGGAAAGUCUCAAGCUAAGCAUUUAAACGUGCAAAUGGUGGCGGCAGAUAAACUAGCUCAGUGUCCCCCGGAAAUGUUUGACAUCAUCUUGGAUGAAAACCAAUUGGAAGACGCCUGUGAACACUUGGCUGAGUAUCUGGAAGCUUACUGGAAGGCCACUCACCCACCCAGCAUCAACCCACCCAACCCACUGCUCAACCGCACCUUAGCCACAGCAGCCCUGGCCUCCAGCCCUGCGCCCGUCUCCAACCUCCAGGUGCAAGUGCUCACCUCGCUUAAACAGAAUAUGGGCUUCUGGGGGGGUCCUGGGGAGUCGCAGAUACCCCCGAGGGUGGAUGAGCAUACGGUGUAAUUUGGUACGAGGAAGCUGCAGAGUGCAAACCUUUCCUCUUACAGAGGCCUGCAGGGCACCGAGCUCAUAUAAUACCUUCUGAUUUAUUACACCCUCAAUGGUUUCAUGAAGUUAUUAUUAUCCAGGCAGCAAAGGUGCUAAUAGAAAGAUCCUUGCACAUUUUCAUAGCGUGAAACUGCUUGGCAAUGUGAUAUUUUGCAGACACUUGCACCCUGAAGGGGGUUAAACGUGUGUGUGUCUGGGUACUUUGGUGAACCCCUUAAUAUAUUUGCCGCUGGUGCCUUCUUUCACCUUGGCCUCCCAGCCCCCCAAAUAUCUCCAAAUACCUCCUGACAUCAACGUCGCCUAUAAUGAAACUUCGUUCUUGGGGUUGACGGCUGUGCAGAAGAUCCUGAGUGAGCUGGUAAUAAACCGGGGGGAGACGCGCCUCUUAGUAACCGUUUUCUGCAGGAGGUGCGCUUUCCCCCAAAAUGAUCAUUUAUGUUUUCAUUCUUUUGUGAUAACUUUUAAUCAAUUUAUUAUUUGGCUUAGAUGAUAGGUAUCGAAACGUCCUUCUAUAAUAGACAAUAUAAUAAUUUAGCCGUGCUUUCCAAAGGUAGCAUGCUUUUUUUUUUGCUUAGUUUAGUCUGAUUUGAUUCUGUUCUGGCACAUUACUAAACCGAAGACUCGCGCAGAAGAUGGAAGGCGUACAGUUCAGGGUUCUUUUGGUAAAUGUUGUUUUAGCUUGGCUAACAUUAAACAAGCUUGUGUUAUGUUUA